CUCAUUCGGCCACUGGAUUUACCCCCUUCUAUCUUAUGUUUGGAAGAGAAGCUCCUCAAAUACUAUUGCCAAGUCUAUAUCAAUACUCAUCUUUGAUGCAUGAUCCUGAGAGCUAUGCAGCCUAUUUGGCCCGGGCACGUGCCAAAAUUGAUGAUGUUAUGGAUGAAUGGGCUACUGCUAAUGGUGCUUCAUACCGUCUGGCAGCCUUAAGACAACCUCCUCAUCGACGACAUUAUGUUGGUCAACGGGUUCGCCUGAAGAUUUUCCAUGGCAAUAAUGCUCCGGCCCGUAAGUUGCUUCCUAAAUGGCAGGCAGACUGGUACAUUUUCAAGUUUGUUGCUGGAUCUAAUAACAAGACGGUGGUAGUUCGACAUUUCCCAGAUCUACAGGAGAAGGUCAUUUCUACCGACUAUAUAUUGGCAGAUCCAGUUCAACCAGAAAUGAUACCGGUUCAGCUCAACAUUGUGAGAAUGGAACCUCCUGCUGAUGAAGCUCCAAGGGUUCCCUUGUAUCCUUUCAAGGAAAUCCCUAGAACGGAUCCGGUAUUGCAAGAAGACCCUUUGGAUCAUUUUGCAGAUUCCGAUGAAGUUUCGUCAUAUGUCGCUGAGAUGGGUUCUCCUUCUCAUGAUAGGCUACAUCAGCCUCAACCUUCGGCAUAUUGGGUUGCUCAAGAUGAUACUGAUGUGCUACAACCACUACCAGAGGUUGGAGAAGUUCGUAGCCCUCAAGAUGGUGACAUGCUAAUUGACGAUGCUUCUGGUCCGGUGAUUCCUAGUCUUCCUUCUGAAAACCCAAGUCUAU